ACACACACACACACACACACACACACUCACACACACUCCCAAAUGAUGAAUAUCUGCACAAUGAAAGUGUUUUACAGCGAUGUCCUGAUGCGCUGACAAUCCAGCUCCUGUGUGUGUGUGUGUGUGUGUGUGUGUGUGUGUGUGUGUGUUUUUCCUCCUGUUGUUUCAUGUCACUGUUAAUAGACUCGGGUCUUGUCAUGAUGUGUGUGUGAGUUGCAGAUGUACGCUGUUAGUGAAGUGUGUGUGUGUGUGUGUGUGUGUGGCUGGUGGUCUGCGUCAGGGGGCAGGGUCUAUAUAAGCACAGCACAUGUGAAGCAGCACACACACACACACACACACUAAUCUUCUCUGAGUGACGGGAUGCAGCCGCAGGAGUACAUGCUGAGAGGGAAGGAGAUGGUGGAGUACAUACACCAGUAUCUGACAGGGAUCAGGGAGCGGCGGGUGGUUCCAGAUGUUCAGCCGGGCUUCAUGCGUCCUCUCCUGCCCAGCAGCGCCCCCUAUGAGCCGGAGGACUGGAGCACCAUCAUGCAGGACGUGGAGAACAUCAUCAUGCCUGGGGUGGUGCACUGGCAGAGUCCACACAUGCACGCGUAUUUCCCUGCGCUCAACUCAUGGCCGUCACUGCUGGGAGACAUGCUGGCAGACGCCAUCAACUGCCUCGGCUUCACCUGGGCCUCGAGUCCCGCCUGCACUGAGCUGGAGAUGUGUGUGUUGGACUGGUUGUGUAAAGCGCUCGGCUUACCAGAUCAUUACUUACACCAUCAUCCACAGAGCACUGGAGGAGGAAUACUGCAGAGUACGGUCAGUGAGUGCACUCUGGUCGCUCUGCUCGCUGCGAGGAAGGACCGAAUCCUGCAGAUGAAGAGUGAAGCCACACACACCGACACUGACGAGUCUGUGCUCAACUCUCGCCUGGUGGCGUACGCAUCUGACCAGGCUCAUUCGUCAGUGGAGAAGGCGGGUCUGAUCUCUCUGGUGAAGAUCCGCUUCCUGCAGACUGACGCUGUGUUUUCUCUGCGUGGAGAAACUCUGCAGCGCGCCGUGGAGGAGGACCGGCGGAGCGGACUGAUCCCUGUGAUGGUGUGUGCGACGCUGGGCUCCACUGGUGUGUGUUCCUUCGACCGUCUGGAUGAACUGGGCCCCGUCUGUGUGCGCGAGGGCCUCUGGCUGCAUGUGGACGCUGCGUACGCUGGCUCUGCGCUCCUCUGUCCUGAGCUGCGCUAUUUCCUGGACGGAAUCCAGUUUGCAGAUUCGUUCGUCUUCAACCCGUCCAAGUGGAUGCUGGUGCACUUCGACUGCACCGCCUUCUGGGUGAAGAAUAAGAUGAAGCUCCAGCAGACGUUCACUGUGGACCCGCUGUACCUCAGACACGAUAACUCCAACGCCACAGACUUCAUGCACUGGCAGAUCCCCCUGAGCCGCCGCUUUCGCUCCCUCAAGCUGUGGUUUGUGAUUCGCUCUUUUGGCCUGAAGAAGCUGCAGGAACACAUCCGACACGGCGUGGAGAUGGCGAAGCUGUUCGAGUCUCUGGUCAGAAACGACACACACUUCCAGAUCCCGGCGCAGCGGCACCUCGGCCUCGUCGUCUUCUGCCUGAGGGCCGGGAAUGCAGCGACGCAGGAGCUACUGAGGAAGCUGACCCGCAGCGGCCGCAUGUUCCUGAUCCCGGCGGCGGUGGGCAACCAGCUGAUCCUGCGCUUCAGUGUGACGUCGCAGCUGACCACCGAGCAGGACAUCCGGCGGGACUGGAGCCUCAUCCAGCAGGCAGCCCGCGAGGUGCUGCAGUCCGGAGUCGUGACCCGGCAGCCCAGCGUGACCUCUGACCCUGAAUCGGAACCGGAGUCGCUGACCAUCCACACGGAGCCCAUGCUGGACCAGCGACUGGUGCGCCAGGGGCAGAGACGGGCCGUCCGCUCGUACAGCUGCAGUGCAGAGCUCCCGCCAGCCCCCGGGCGCACACAGACACACCGGGACGCGCCUCUGCAGCUGAUCCCGGAGCAGCCCGAGCGCCCGCAGCAUAGACGCCUGCUGAAGUUCAACAGCGUGCCGAGCCUGGCGCAGGUCUGGGCGCAGUGCGGCAUGCAGCAGCUCCACCACCCCUUCAGGAGAGGCCUGAUCACCAGCCGUGCCAGCUGCUUCACCUGCCCACCACUGCCCGAGGGCACACCGCUGCCUACUAAAUAACACACACACACACACACACACACACACAGCUGCUUCACCUGCCCACCACUGCCCGAGGGCACACCACUGCCUACUAAAUAACACACACACACACACACACACACACACACACACACACAGCUGCUUCACCUGCCCACCACUGCCCGAGGGCACACCGCUGCCUACUAAAUAACACACACACACACACACACACACACACACACACACACACACACACACACACACACACACACACACACAGCUGCUUCACCUGCCCACCACUGCCCGAGGGCACACCGCUGCCUACUAAAUAACACACACACACACACACACACAUACACACACACACACACAGCUGCUUCACCUGCCCACCACUAAUUAAUAUUAAUAGUUAGUGUUCAUAGUUCUACUGCGUCCUUCAGUUCAGGCUCAUUUCUUAUAAUCAUGUGGAAAAAGAGUCGCAAUUAACUUUAUUUUUACUCCAUGUGCAAACAAGAUCCAUCAGCAGCACAGCAGGGGUGCCCAAACUCAGUCCUGGAGGGCUGCUGUCCUGCUGAGUUUAGCUCCAGCUUCCUUCAACACACCUGCCUGGAAGUUUCUAGUAUAUCUAGUCAGAGCUUGAUCAGCUGGUUCAGGUGUGUUUGAUUAGGGUUGGAGCUAAACUCUCCAGGUCACCGGCCCUCCAGGACUGAGUGUGGACACCCCUGAUCUAGACCAUCGCCUACAUCUACACCAUUAUCAUGAUUAAAAACCCUUACUGGAAGUCAGAAACUCAUAAUUAAAUCAUA